AUGUUUAAAGCAAACAGUCUGCUUAAUGUGUUAAUGAAGGGAGAAGCCUCGAAUGGCACCUCUCAAACUCAAGUAAAUGGUAUCGUUGAACAGCUGGUCGUUCUAUUUCCCGACGCUGAUUCCGAGUAUCUGCGUUACUGUGUUGGAUUUUACAAGGAUAACCAUGUUGAACGCAUUAGUGAAAAAAUAUUCAAUCAUAACAAAGGACAUUAUCCAAAGAUUCCAGAGGGAUGUCAGGAUGCAAAUAGUGUUAAGGCGAAGAAUUCAUAUCUUUUACAAUUGAACGAGAUAUUUCCAGAUUGCGAAGUAUCCCACAUCCGAGAAAAAAUAUGUAGUCUGGAACAUAGUCAUGUACAGAGAGUGACGGAGGCAUUGUUGAGUUCAAGGGAUUAUCCCCGUCGACUAAACCCUUCUGUCAUAGAAGCAUGGGAACAUAUACGAUCGUCAGAAUAUAUGAAGGCUGUCAGAUAUAAAUUGUACAACGAUUAUCCAAAUACUUGGGGGUCAACCAUCAAGGCAGUGCUCGCAGAGAAUAAUUCUGAUUACAUCAGGAGUUUCACAAAGCUCAAGGAUUUGACAACAAACAAUUGGUGGACGCCAGUAAUUAAUCUAUUUAAACGAAAGUCUUAUAAGGAGAUGGACAAUCCAGAGUUGGCAGAGGACAUCAAACGAAUACAGGCACGUAAAUUGGAAGAACAGUCUCAAGUGGAUUAUGAAGUUGCCAAACGAGUGAAUUUUUCGGAGUACGAGAAUAACAACCAGUUAAUCACGUGUGGUUGUUGUUACGGCGAUUACACUUUUGAAGAAUUGACAUGUUGCAACGAGGGUCAUUUAUUUUGUAAGGAAUGUAUUUCUAGGUUGGUACAAGAAGGACUUUAUGGUCAGGGGUCUUUGCGAGGGAAGCGAAUUAAUUGCAUAGAAUCAGAUGGAUGUGAGGGAUACUUUACUGAGGACCAAUUAGAGAAAACAUUAUCAUCGGACGUAUUCAGAAAUUACAUAGAAUCUCUGGUAGAAAAUUCCUUGAAACAAGCUAAUUUGUCGCUUGUGCAGUGUCCAUUUUGUUCUUAUUGUGAAGCAGAUGAUGAUGAUCCUUUAAAAAUCUCAAAGACAUUUGUCAUCGUUGCCAGCAUUCCUCUAGCCGUGAUACCACUUUUCUCAUCCUUUGAGAGUGUCGUCAGCGCUCUUAGUAUGGUUGCCAUAUUUAUUCUACCUCAAAUAGUGUUGGGUAUGAUGGGGGUACUUCCUAUAAAGUCUUGGCUCGAAGAAAUUGACAAUAUAAUUAGAAGGGUAAAGAGAAGACGCCGAGGAAAUACAUUUCAUUGCCGGAAUCCCGAUUGCUCUAAGGUCUCAUGUUUGGUGUGUAAUCGCGAGUGUAGACCUUUUCAUAAAUGCUAUGAGAAGGAACAAGAUAGUCUGCGGCUCUAUGUGGAAAAAGCCAUGGCUGAAUCGGUAAAGAGAACGUGUCCCAAGUGUCAUGUAUCGUUCACCAAGUCUGAUGGUUGUAAUAAAAUGACGUGUCGAUGCGGAUAUGUAAUGUGUUACCUGUGUAGAAAAGACCUACGCCAAGAGUCAUAUGCACAUUUUUGCGAUCACUUCCGACCGAUACCUGGUCAAAAAUGUAAAAAGUGCAAUAAAUGUGAUCUAUAUAAAACUGAAGAUGAAGAGAUUGUGAUCAAGGAAGCGGCCGCAAAGGCAAGAGCUGAAUUCAUCAAAGCUCACCCGGAAGCAAAAGAAGCCAAUAUUUUAGAAAACACCGCUAUCGGACCGAUCGUAAAUGAUGAUGAAAGACUAGUAAGAGAAUCGUUCGAAAGAGCCAUUGAAAAGAUUGUCGAGUAUCUAUUACCUUAA